GCUGUUACGGCUACCACGGCAAAGUCUGUUAUGAAUGUUUCGUUUACGUUUCAGUGUCUCUUUUCGUGUGCGCUUGUAACAACGUACUAAUCACACACGCCGCGCGCCUUCGAAUAUAUUUAUGUUGUGUUUUUUUUAUUUCUUACUUUUCUUCUUUAUUAUUUCUUUUAAAUUUCUUCACGUCUCUUCGGUUGGUCCCUGUGUACUCAUUUUCAAUCAGUUAUUUCAGUGAAGUUCAGCAAAACAAAAACUAAAUAUUGAAAAAUAAAACAGAAAAACCAGAAUUAAAGGAGAAGAAAAAAAAACAAAAUAAAGCAGCAGUUUGAACGGCAAUUAAUUUUUUUUCCUCUCUUGUGUAAACCAAGUGUAAAUAAGUGUUGUGUGUAUCGUCAAUUAAUAAUAGAUUGUUGUACGAUAGAUUUGAAUUCAGUGAAAUUUGAAUGUGACUUUUGGUUGAUUUAGUUCUGUGUACUCUGUUCUGAUUCUACACUGCUUCGUACGGUUGAUUUUUUUUCGCCUUGUCUCGUUGUUCGCGGAAAUUCAUACAAUUUGCUACAAUCAUUUGGCGUUUGUAUUGUUUAGGCAUGUCAUAAUCGCUGAGUCUCGCGAGACUACGAUGGAGAAAAUACAACUUAUAUGAAGGAAAGGAGAAAAAAAGGGUCACAAUCAACUCUUUGAUCGUAUGAAAUUUCACUGCAUCAGAUUCCAUAAUGAAAGAUCCAUCAUCAAAAAACUUUUACCAUGCACCACCCGAUCGUCUGACGAUGCCGUCGAUGAACUUUCUGCAACAGCAGCCCGACGAAGACGAUGGCCUCGGCCCAUUGCCACCGAAAUGGGAAAAAGCAUACACUGAAAAUGGCGAAACGUACUUUAUCGAUCACAACAGCGGCACCAGUCAUUGGCUCGAUCCGCGUCUAUCGAAAUUUCAAAAGAAAUCACUUGAAGAUUGUAUGGACGAUGAAUUACCGUAUGGUUGGGAAAAAAUUCAUGAUCCACAGUAUGGCACCUAUUUCAUAGAUCACGUUAAUCGACGAACACAAUACGAAAAUCCCGUACUCGAAGCGAAGCGUCGUAAUUCGGAACGCAAAACAAAUGGAUCCAAUCAACCGCCGUCGGUGAAGUCGCUAAACGAUGAAAUGGUGCGACCGAACGAUUCCCAGUCACAACAACAUAUCCAAUCGGAGCAACAAUCGCAAUUGAAACCAAAUCUUUUUACCAAAAAUCCGUCGGAAUUACGAGGUGAACGAAUAAAUACGACACUGUUGAAAUCAUCGCGUGGUCUCGGUUUUACGAUCGUCGGCGGCGAUGAUAAUGUCGAAGAAUUUCUACAAAUCAAAUCGAUUGUGGCCAAUGGUCCGGCAUGGUUGGACGGCAAAUUACAAACCGGUGACAUUUUAGUAUACGUAAAUGAUACGUGCGUAUUGGGUUUUACGCACCACGAAAUGGUCAAUGUGUUUCAGUCGAUUUUACCGGGUGAAACGGUCACAUUAGAGGCGUGUCGAGGCUAUCCGUUGCCAUUUGAUCCGAACGAUCCGAACAAUGAAGUGGUCACCACGAUUGCGGUUGAUGGUUUGAGUUCGGAUCCGGAGAAAUCACGCAUUCUAAUGGAUUUAAAUAUGGAUGGAAAUUAUAAUUUUCUCGAUAUGUCUGAUACUCAAUCAGCAAGCACAUCGGCCAAACACAAUUUAACGCUGAGACGACUGGAGUCGAGUUCGGUGCGUAGCGAUAUUAGUGAAAAUUUUGCAAACGAAUCAAAACGUGAUUUAAUUUCAUCGGAAAAACCGGAAAUUCUGAACAUUUCAAUAGUGAAGGGUCCGCUAGGAUUUGGUUUUACUAUUGCUGAUUCUGCGUACGGGCAAAAGGUGAAGAAAAUUCUCGAUCGUAAUUGCUGCAAAGAUUUGAACGAAGGCGAUUAUUUGCUGGCAAUCAACAAUACAAACGUUAUGUAUUUGUCACACAGUGCCGUGGUUCAGGUGUUGAAAAAUUGCCCGAAAAGUGAAGAGGCAAUUUUGAAAAUCCAACGCGGUAGCUACUUCAACGGUGGAAGUAUAAACGAUAAGCCAACGAGCCGAGUGAGACGUGUCAUUGAUUCAAUUGAUCGAGCAGCCAUGAUGAAUGGCAAUGCAUCCAAAGAAGUGCUGAAUUUGUAUCGCAGCAAAACGCCCACCGCCGAUCUGUAUAGCACGCAAACAAAAGAAAUCUUGCCAAUUCGAUCGAAAACACCGCUCGUUGAUACACGAAGUCGAGCCAAAACACCGAUGAGCGAACUCAAUGGCGGCGAAGAGGAACUCGAUGGUGCACUGCGAUCACAUAACGAUGGACAAAUGCAUGAUUUGAAACACAUUGUAGCGGCCGAUACAAAAUCAAACCAUAGUUUUCCCGAUCAGGAUUCAAUCAAUAACGAAGCACCGUUCGAUCCAUUCCCAAAGCUAGUGCUCAGUCUGUCCGAUCGUUUGGCCGAAGCAUCGCUGGGCGCUUCGAGCCACUAUCAAACAAAGGAUCUUUCAAAUAUUCGCCAUAAUCAGCAUUUCGAUAGUCAACCAAAUCUCAAUAACUUUGAACAGAAUAGCGUGUCAAGCGGACACGAUUAUUACGUGAAUUACAAUUCAAAUUUGGCCAGCGGCUACACAAAUUCACCGAGCAACAGCAUCUAUGCGGCCAGUGCAAACACAAUGCCGCCUCACAUGAAAAUGCCACUGAUGGCACCAGUGCCCACAUAUCAUCACGAGCAUUGCUACUGUUUCGAAUGCCAGCGACAGUAUCGAUAUCAAAAUAUUCUCAUCGAUCGUCGCAAAGUCGGUUUUAGCCCACUCGAUACACACGCUCCGAUGGCGUCACCACAUCCACACCACAUGAACCAACCGCAAUCGCCACAGCAUUUACAUCAAAUGCAUCAUGAAAACAAUUAUUGGACGAAAAAUGAACUCAAAAUGCAACAGCCGGAAAAUUUUGGCUAUAUGCUAUCAGAGGUGACGCUUGAGCGGCAAGCUAUGGGCUUUGGCUUUCGCAUCGUUGGCGGCACUGAAGAGGGAUCACAAGUGACUGUUGGCCACAUUGUAGAGGGUGGUGCAGCCUACAAUAAUCCGCGAAUCGAAACGGGAGACGAGAUUUUGAGCAUUGAUGGUCACAAUGUUGUGCAAUCCUCACAUCAUCGUGUGGUCGAAUUGAUGGGCGAAGCGGCGCAACGUAACCGAGUGACGAUGAUUUUGCGACGACGUGUUCCGGAUCCAAAUGUGGCGAAUUUGCAACAUUUACAGCAUCAUCCACACCAUCAGCACGUGCAACAUCCGCAUUUACCGCGAGAAUUUGUCUAUCCGUACGAUGUAAUCGUUAGCCGAAAUGAAAACGAGAGUUUUGGCUUUGUCAUCAUUUCCGCUUCAAAUCAAUACUAUGGAUCGACCAUAGGAAAAUUGAUACCCGGCAGCCCAGCUGAUCGUUGCGAUGAGCUAAAGGUUGGUGAUCGCAUAAUAGCCGUGAAUAACAUUAACAUAGCCGGAAUGAGUCAUGGUGAUGUAGUGAAUUUAAUUAAAGAGUCUGGCCUACAUGUUCGUCUCACCAUUGGAAAUCCAAAAGAAGUGAUGCAAUCGAAUUCGGUUCAUCCGCCAGCAAUCAACACCAACAACAAUCUAAACGAUCCAUACUUUGAACAUCGCAGCAAUGGUCUCGUUUCCAUCACAAACGACAACUUAAACGUAGACGUUUAUCAAUCGAACAAUCAUUAGAUUAGACCCAUAUCUCGAUUUAUUCUUCCGAUUCCAGAAUUUCCAUUUUAUGAAGUUUUUUUUUUCCUUCAAACAAACAGAAUUUACAGGCAAAUAUUUGGUUCAAACGAGCAAAUGCAAAAAAUUUAUACAAAAAGACUGAGCAAAAACUACAAAAGCAAUCAAAAGAUACUCCGAAACAAAAAUAUUCUAAACUCCAAUGAAAAAAAAAAAAAAAAAAAAAUCAAACGAGAUGCCUUUGAAAAUUUCAGAAUCUCAAUUUAAAAAAAAAACACAAUUUAAACAUAAAUCGUUCUCUUCAAUUCAAAGUGGCCUAUGAAUCGAUUCAAAAUGACUUGUUUUAUUCUUGUCAAUCUCAUUUUGAACGCGAUUCAAAUGUAUUUGACCAAAACUUUGCCUUAUACUUCGAUUUCGUACAUAACGGAAAACAGAGAGAAUAAUAUCAGCUCGCGAGCAUUUCACAUAGUAGAAAUAAAAAUUGUGUUUUUAAUUGUUUUUACUAUUAAUCUAGAUAUUCGUGACCAUUUCAUCAUAUAUUGAAUGGCGACAAUUUGUUUUAUAUAUAUUGUUUUAUUUUACUUGACAAGCAAACAUUAGACAUCCAAUUGUGUAGUUGAUAGUAUUUUAUUGAUAUAUAUAUUUUAAAUGUAUUUACAGCCACUAACGCUCGUGGCAGGCUUCAAUCUUCGAUUGAAGUAAAAGUGACACAUUUUUCUUUCUUUGGACAAAAUUGUUUUAACAUGUACUUAAAAUAAAAGCGAAAUACAGAAACAGAAAGAGA